AUGGCCUCCCGCUGGGCGAAAUACCGGUAUCGGUGCUUGGAAUUAUGGGCUAUAUUCGGCCCCUCAUCUUAUUCCUUCAAUCCCUUUGUGCUCAAUUUUGUGAUCCCCCAAAUCUGCGAUGCAUGGAGAGCACCUAUCCCGCCAGGUCUCUUUUUUUUUGCUUCUUCGAGGCAUGCAAUGAAUACCCGGGACACACUUUUUCCUCAAUCGGCCAGUCCUGAAUUGGUAAUGACUCGCGAACCUUCCACGUACGGGAAAUACCUUCUUCUCCAUAUUCAUCACAUGGCCACAUCUAGGUCCUCCCCUCUAUAUUCAAAGUGUCUUCCAUAGCGGUUCGUCCGAGUUUCUCGAAGGGCGGACUACCGAUUGCUUUCUUUUUCCUUGCCUACAAAAACAGAUCGUUGGGGCCGGCUUUCAAAUCCCUUCGAGACGCCAUCAAGAAAAAUUCUGAGAAUCCCUGGGCGAAUUAGACAACAUACAAGGGAUUUGUGCGCGGUUGACAUCAAGAGACUGCGGUGUCUAUUGGUCUAUACCUGCAUUGAGGACAAGCACAGCGGAAUAUUCUUUUUUCUCAACCCCCUGUUCUCUUCAGAAAUACUCACCCCCCAGGAAAAUAUUGUCGAAUCACCACACUGACUGGCACACCACAAUUGCCUCGUAACACUUCUUGAUAACUAUACUGCAGGAGGUCUCUCCUCCCCCCCUUCACUUUUUAGAAGCACCGCACAGCGUUUACGGCGGCCUUCGGAUAAUCACGGUAGUUAUCAGAGGCACCGAGGGGGAUAGUCUAACUCCAGGAAUAUAUCCCUAGUCUAAAGGGUGAGGUGCCUCCGCCCUUCCUUCCUUUCAACCCCCACUCUCCUUCCGUGAAACAUGUUAUGGGAUCGGCGGUAAAGCAGGGAUCUUGUCUUCCUACCGAUCUUCAAGACCAAAGUCAGGUUCCCACCCCCCCUCAUCUAUUUACAUUCUUGCUCCUAGUCUUCCCUAUUUUACCCCAACUUGAGAAAUGUCGUGUUAUAUUGACUACCGUCCGCAUCCUGCCAAACCUGUUUCGCGAUCUCAGUAGGAAGCAAUUUAAGCUACCAUGCCGACAUGGCACGAACGCGCCUACAGACGCCCUCACUGGUUAGGUUCUUCGUGCGGGCUAAGAUAAACUUGUUUGUCGGGCUGCUGGUGGAAAGUAUUCUUGCUGUACGAGUCCCGUGCGAGUAUUGUACCCAUAGUACAUGUCAGGCUAUCAUACCAUACAUGAAAGUUUGUGAGUGCAACCCGGUCACUAUCCCGCUCCUCCCGCAGAGCAGAGAUGCCGUUUACAACCGUGCCGAUACCGUACGCUCGUAAUGUCGAAGCGUUUUGGAAAGAACUGCCAUCGAAUGCCACCAAAAACUGGCCCCUCCGCCUAGAUCUAGUAGGCGGUAUGCAAUAGCAGUUCCUUCCUAAAAGCGCUUUGACACUGCUAGUACCAAUAUACCUUGCACCGUCACCCAAGCAAGACUGGUGAACAUCAACAAUCCAUAUACCGCACCCCAUGUCUCAUGGCCCUUGGCGAGAUCCAGCAAUGUAUAGGGACAGUAACAAUACAGCACUGCGCCUACACACACAUAUCAUUAAUAUGGCUACUUCCGACAGCCGGGGUUUUACCAAGAAACUACUAUACGGUACGAGUCCCAUAUAUAUGGCAUGCACAAUCGCGGUAACCUAAAUACCGGUAACAGUACAUAACAGUGCUCGUAGUGGGCUACUACUACAUCAUGCCCUAUCUUACUAUUGCAACCUCCACUGAGACUCCUCAUACCUCUCUGUCGCCGCCUGUGAUGGGGAUUUUGGGGAGCUAUCCCCCCGGUCCGGCGACCGACACGACUACGUUGGAAACUGAUGCCGGACCCGCGCAUUAGCAACUUUGCUCGUUCCUCUCCCCAAUCCAGAAAACUACAACCAAUUUCAAAGUUCUAUCCAGAAUCCUUUGCCCCCUCCGCCAUAUAUAGCACCCACCAAAGUAACACCGCCGCCCAGUGCACCCCCCUCCGUCCAUACUUCCAAUCACGGGUCUCUUCCCCUGCAAACCACCCCCACAGCACAGAGGGUUAAUGAAACCCCCUUGACCUUUUUGGUUCUAUCCCGAGCGUUAAAAGUUUGGGGGCUAUGGUGGGUAUAUCACAUUAUCGCGCACUAGCCAUGAUAGCAUAUGGAAUUUGACACAGCUCCCGACACUAUGCGCUCAUGGGCUGAAGAUUAAUGACAAUACCUCAGCCCUGCGUCCCGGAGAGCCAAUAUCGUCCUUAAAUGUGAAGUCGGGGAGUGUGUGAUAUUCUGUGAUAGGGAUGUGAGAGUGUAGCUAGUCUUAGGCGCACUUGAGGUGGGGUAACGGAGGGGGUGAGGGGUGCUGGUUUCGGCGCUUGGACCCAUCAGAUAAUCAUUUUUCCGUCUCAUUAUUAUACGUUGUGGAUUCUGUAUUAUGUGAAGAAAAAAAAAGAGAGCAUGCCGUUCUAUGA